UGUCACGAACGUAGAAUUGGCGGGAGUCGAACAAUAAUGUCAAUAUUGUUGCUGUCAAUAAAUAAAAAAUAAUAAAAAUAUUCGUAGGUAUACCCUUUGAAGUGAUUUAUUUAGGUCAUAUUAAUCUUUAUUAAAACUAAAUUAUGUCUUCUUUACAACCCAUCCACGCUCUUAGCUUGGAUUCGGUUCAGCAGCAAGCUUUUGUCAAAUAUUUUCAAUCUCUACCGGAGAAACCAGCUACAACAGUAAGGAUUUUUGACCGCAAUGAUUACUACAGCGUUCAUGGAGCUGACGCAACAACUGCUGCGAGGGAAGUUUUUUCCACCGUAGCGAAUAUAAAGAAGAUGGGCAUUGAACCCAAUCGCCUUGACUAUCUGGUACUGUCAAAAGGAAACUUCGAAAUAUUGAUAAAAAAGUUACUUCUGGUGAGGCGUUAUAGAGUUGAAAUAUACGUCGCGGAGGGUUCUGUGAGAGGAAGCGACUGGUCGUUGAAAUACAAAGGCUCGCCUGGUUACCUUUCUCAACUGGAAGAAAUCCUCGGCGAAGGAUUGGGAGCUUCGGAUGAAACGACACCAUGUUUGAUGGCAGUUCAUAUAAAGACAGAUGCAGUAACCAAAGGUCGUCUUCUAGGCGUGGCAUGCAUCACAGCCGGUGAUUACCAAAUGUCUGUGACCGAGUUCACUGAUGACGACUUGCUUACGGAGUUAGAAACUAUCACAGUACAAAUGGCGCCUUCCGAAUGUUUGGUGCCCAUUAGUGAGCACGAUGAUUACAAAGCUUUGAAAAAAGUAAUGGAAAGAACAAAUGUAACUUUAACAAAAUUGAAGAAGGCUGAAUUUUCCACGGAGGGUCUUGUUCAGGACUUGAAUCGGUUGCUCAAGUUUAAGGAGAAUCAACAACAAGAUGCUAAUGCUUUCUCUGAAACUAGGAAAGAGGUCGCUAUGACCUGUUUAGCUGCCGCUAUCAAGUAUUCUGCGUUGUUAAACGAUAGUACUAAUUUUGCGAGGUUUCAUUUGUCCACUAUUCAAGCUGAUUGCUUCCUACAUUUGGAUUCCGCAGCGUUGUCCGCCCUUAACGUGUUUCCUGAACUUGGAGACACGUCGAACGCUCCUUCAAGAAGUCUUUACGGCCUUUUAGACAAAUGUCGCACUCAGCAGGGCAAGCGUCUUUUAGCCCAAUGGCUUCGACAACCUCUCCGCGACAUCAACUUGAUCAACGAACGUCUGGACAUCGUGCAGUUGUUGAUGACCAACUCCCAGCUUCGGUUACAGCUACACGAAGACCACCUUAGGAGGAUACCUGACCUUCAAGCGUUGGUUAGGAGACUUACCAGGAAGAAGGCGAAUCUUCAAGACUGCUACAGAAUAUAUCAGGCCAUCAAAAGGCUACCGUCGUUGCUACGCUGUCUAGCUGAGGCGGAGAAUGCGACGGUACAUUCAUCUAUCACGGAACCCAUAUCAGAACUGAAUGAAGAUCUCGGCAAGUUUUUAGAGAUGAUCGAAACUACCGUUGACAUGGAAGCAGUUGAUAGAGGCGAUUUCCUCGUAAAACCGUCGUUCGACGAACAGCUUCAAAGCCUAUAUGAACAGCUGGAACAAAUGCAAACGUCAGCUGAAAAGGAACUGAACAAAGCUGCUAGGGAUUUGGGUCUAGAUGCUGGGAAAACUAUUAAGUUGGAGAGCAAUCCCCAACAUGCAUUCUGUUUUAGAGUAACAUUAAAAGAAGAGCAGUCAUUACGGGGAAACAAAAAGUAUACAAUCAUAGAUGCAGUGAAAGGAGGCGUCAGAUUCAAAACUAAAACAUUGGAGAAUAUAACAGAUGAAUAUACUACGACUAAGUCUAUGUACGAGAAGGAACAAGAUAAAGUAGUCGCUGAAAUUGUGGGCAUAGCAGCUGGAUAUUCAGAAUGUCUAUUCUGCCUAUCUCACAUUUUGUCUCGUCUGGACGUGUUAGUAUCGUUCGCGGUGGCUUCUUCUAGCGCACCCAUACCGUACAUCCGUCCUACCAUCACUGAGGAGAACAAUGAAAUGGUUCUGGAAGAGUUGCGCCAUCCUUGUCUAGAGCUGGCUGAAGGCGUGUCUUAUAUACCCAACGAUGUCGUUUUUAAAAGAGGUGUAGGCAUACUGCACAUAGUGACGGGCGCCAACAUGGGAGGUAAGUCGACGUGGAUGCGGUCGUGCGGCGUGGCCUGCGUACUAGCGCACGCUGGGUGUCCCGUACCCGCCGCACGAGCUGUCAUACCGCGACUACGCGCACUGGCUGCACGUAUCGGCGCCAGCGACGCAGAAGGACAGGGCCAUAGUACCUUCAUGCGGGAGAUGAUCGAUACAGCCGCUAUACUACGGACCGCAACUGCAGAUUCGCUCGUCUUAAUAGACGAAUUGGGACGAGGUACUUCAACGUACGAGGGAUGUGGAAUAGCGUGGGCUAUUGCUGAAGAAUUAGCAACAAAGAGCCAAUGUUUCUGUUUGUUCGCGACACAUUAUCAAGAGCUAACACGCCUGGCUAGUUCCCACCCUGGAGUCAUCGUAAACUCACACGCAGAGGCGUCCGUCCUCAAUGGACAGCUUCUGUUACUGCAUCGCAUCGCUCCUGGCCCUGCGUUACACUCGUUAGGAUUACACGUCGCCAAACUUGCUGAUCUGCCCGACUCUAUAAUUGAGUAUGCCGAAACUAAACAAGCGCAGCUAGAAAUCAACUUGUUCGACGUCGAAGCAGCUGUGAAAUCGACAGAAACGAAGGAGGGACAGAAAUUAAUCGUUGACUUCUUGCGUAAAUGUAAGCAAGUACAAGAAGAAACAUCUUCAAAUGACGUUAUGGUGAAAGAAAUAGCAAAACUAAAGCAAGAAUUGUUACAAUCUAAUAAUAAGUAUGUCGAAUCUCUCAUGGCUUGAUGUUUUAAGUGAUUAUUUCUCUAAUAAAUGUCUUGUUAUUAUUUUGUAUUUUAAAACUACUGUAAUUGGUCAACGUAGGCCCCUUCUUUGGCGUAUUACAUACAUUAUAUCCCACAAGAGGUCGGCAACGCCCUUGUAGUAACUUCUUUGGGGCUACGAGUGCCAUGUACGGCGCUGAUUGCUUACCAACCGGUAAUCCGUUAGCAUGUUUGCCGAAUCUUCUUAUUUCUUUUUUAUUUAGGAAUAACGUUGAGGUGACUUCGCAUUGUUUAUGGGUCUUCAACACCACAAGUGAAAAAAACCUCUUUCUUGAGCUUCUUUGCUUUGCAUUACUACUACUGCCUUUGAAAAAGUAUGUUUUAUGUAGGCAUGGUAUUGAUCUGUUCAAUUUUCUUUCUGUUAAUGCUGUUGGUAGCUGCAUUUGUUGAAUAAUAGGUUAAUAAUAAAAACAAUGAUUGUUACGAUUUAACAAUUUUUUAUUAAUAAUGAAAUAGUAAUCAUCACAUUUGAAAAACAAAUUAAAUGAGACUUACGAAUUCUCCCUUUCAAUAUGCAUUAAUUUUAAAUGUCAAAACGAUAUAAUCCAGUGGCAUGUAUGUAGCUAUGUAGCUAUUGUAAUAUGAUAUGACAAUUUUAUGAGAAUUCAUUCAUAAAUAAUAUUAUAAACUAUGGAAAACAUUUUAAUGUAUUUUGUUAAAUAAACUAACUUUUAAAUUACAUGUCACAAAACAUUCAGAGGUUUGCUACAAGAAGAACAAUUUAAAUGCAACCUAUUAGAAUAUGCAUUGCAUGACGUUUCAGAUAAUAAGUCUAUGAAAUGCUUUUGUGUUGUUAUAUAUACAUUCUGGAGUGUGUCAAUAGAAUCCUUGUUUAAACUUUAAAUUUUAAUUACUGAGAAACAUUUAUUCAGCACAAAAACAUGUUUCUAAAUGAAUUUAGGUCAAAUGCAGCUUUUUCCUGUUUCAUUAUUUGCGCUGAUCACGUUUUAACACUUAUGUACACUUUUGUCGGUGGGACAAAACGAUAAGCUACAUAUUUACAUUACAAUAUUUACAUUUUAUGUCACAACAAGGACACAUUACCGAAUUCUUUGAAAAAAUUAAAUAGUUUGUAUUAUAAUUAAAAUAAUAUCCACUUUUACAUUUGUAUCUAAUACACUUAAUAAUUCAGACUAGCCUUUAAACCAAGUUUAGUCUUAUAGAAUUUAGUAAACCAAUGAAACAUUUAUACAACUGAAUUAGAUUUAUUGUUGCACUUGCAUAUGAAUCUAUUUGACAACUUUAUAAUUGUACCAAAACGCGCACGACCUGUAUAUUUAUAAAUAAUUUAAAAUAAUGUUAACAUCAAAAAUUAUAUUGUCUUAUAAAUUACUAUUUCACGCGGAGUGUUAAUUGCCCCACCGCCUAUUAUUAGAUCACAAGGGCGACCUCAGUAAGGUCACGCUUCCACAGUCAGAAAUCUAGUAAUUCCCAUAAAAGUAUUGCCAAAAAUGGGUUCGGGUCAUUACCGAUAAAUGGAAUUAUCACAUUUGACUUUUGAAAUUCUAUUGGUAAGUUUCAAUGUCACACAAAGCUUUGUUUCACUUGUGUAAAAUAAAUAAUUGUAAUAACACGUCAAAUUGAAUCGUGUAAUUAAAGUAAUAAGCGUCAUCAAUAUUAUAUAUUCUUAAUGUAUGCUAACUAUUUUAUAAUUCACUAUAACUAAGUAUAUCUGUCUUACUCCUGAGGACUCUAUCGACGUUACGCGUCCUUUGAAACACUAGCUAGGGAGUACCUAUCACAUCUAUCAAACAAUGUUUUAAUAGGUUUCUCCGCCUGUGGAAACGUGACAUACGAGCUCGUGGUUUCAGCACACAGCUCUGUCCGGCCGUCCCUUAAGACUAGAAUUGAGCCUUCAAACUGGCGGCUCUUCUCACGAGAAAUAUAAUCGCACUGCAUUCUGAAACGUCCUCCGGCACAUGGGGCACUUGUCGGCCGCCAGCGCGCAUUUGGCGCAAGCCACCACGUGGCCGCACGGCACGAAGCACACGUUACGCUCUUCCGCAUAACAAAUUUUACACAACUUUGAAUCGUCGACUGAGUUCUCCGGCGACUCUGUAGGCGCGCUGGGCUCGGUGGCAGUUCGUGAGGGUGCCACAUCACGUUCCGCUUCUGAUGCAGAUAACUCGCAAGCUUCAGAAAUCACCUUUUGAACAUAUUCUCGACCUUUCACCAACUGUACGUAGGCACAGCGGUCAAACCACCGUGCAUGCUGUUCCCAGGGCACGUCAUGGUUCUCCCAAUCUUUUAAUCCACCGUCGCAAUAGAAACACUUGGUUUUGUCUCCUUGACCAGUAUAGAAAAAGCCAGCCUCGGCGAGUUCUUCAGGUUUUUGUCGCAUGCAUCGGGGCCAGUCUUUAAAACUGCGCAGUCGUGCGGCUUCAGAUGCAUAUCGUGGGUGCACGGGACCGGCCAUACGCGGUGGAGAGGUGCCGGAGGGAGCGGCGCGGGCACCACACUCAUCUUGGCCCGAACUACUCGUAUCGCUACUGGCACUGCCGUUCAGCUUGCGCACGAAUGGGCACUGUGGCGCCCAACGCUGAUGGUCCUUCGCAGGGUCGUCGCCCUCGACCCACCUCAUAAUCUCCACUUUGCAGAAAGCGCAACGGACUUCAUCUCCACGGCCAAGGUAAUAAAACCCAUUACGAGCAAGUUGCUCUCCAGUUAAAAAACUGACGGGCCAUUUUUCGAAUGUCUUCAUACGUUCAUCUUCCUUUCUCAUAUCAGCUGCGUCCGCACUAAAGCCAAAUGUGUCGUGGUUGUCGGUUUUAUCAAUGGAGAAAGAUGAUGAAGAACAAGGUGUGGAUGGCGACGAGGCCGGAGAGCCGGCGUUUGAGUCGUAACUUGGCGUCGGUAGCAUUAGUGGCGCGAGAGGUCGAAUCUUAGCCUCACGCGGUCCGCUCUUAAAUAGCGUUAAUGUUGAGGCGGGGCCAUUGGAUGCCACUGAAAAUAAAGAAAGAUUCUAAUUAGUAAAAAGGUAACAAAUUUUCUACGACAUUUAACCACAUUCAACAAUGUGCACCCUCUGGGUAAUUAUGGCGUUUGCUGUACUCGGAAUUAAAACAACAAAAAAUGCUGCAUCCUCGGUAAAUUGGUUAAGCUAAUUUUAAUAUCACAUAAACAAGAUGUCGGCAUAUGUAGAAGAUAGUGUGUGCGAGUGUGCGUUUAAAAACAGUUUCACAUAACAACAAGUUCGCGGCCGCCGGGGCCGGCCCGGCUGGCUGCGUCAUCGACAUUCCAAUGCCUGCCGCCGCCCCGCAAGCCGCCCUCACUCCUCCCAAAGUGCACUCAGUGCGCAUGAACGAAUGACCAGAAUCUGUUUGCUAACCCACCAAUAUACAGAAUCUCAAGGGUUUCUUGCUUUAAUCAUUUGACUUUAUCAGACCAUUAUUUUUCAAUUUUACUUGCUGCUACUGCUACUCCUACUUGCAAAUGUUAGUCUGUAC